GAAGGAGAUGGCCGGGGACGCUGCAGGGGACACAUCGUGGGAGCGCAGGGACAAGGUAAGUGAUCGAGGGAUCGCAGAGCAGCGCCACAUGGUAAGCCCGAGGAAAGCUCGGGGUUACCGCUUGUGGUACUGAAACUUUACCCCGAGCUAAACUCGGAAAUAUCGCCAGGGAGGUUAAUGUCUUGCAUAAAGAGAUUCUCAAGUAAAAGUGAACAAUAAUUCUGCAGCAAUAACUCAUUUUCCAGCAAUUCUGCC